AAAUGGUGGAGGUAGUUGAGAUUGAAAGUUUGUUUAAUCAUGCCAUGAAGGGGCAAUGGAGCGAAGUGUUAGAUGCAUACAAGAACAACCCUCGAGCGUUGGAAGCUAAAGUCACAAAAGCAGAAGACACUGUCUUACACAUCGCUGUUUAUGUGGGCCAAACCAAUUUUUUAACGACCCUUCUUGAGAACAUUAACGAAGAUGUGUCUCUCUCUAUACUAAAUAUACGAAACUCAAAGGGAAACACUCCUCUGCAUUUAGCAGCAGAAUUUGGGAAUGUGGACAUUUGCAACACUAUAGCCAAAAGAGACCCAAAACUCAUUUUGUGUCACAAUUUUGAAGGCGAGACCCCUCUGUUCUUGGCAGCUAUUCAUGGUACCAAAGCUGCGUUCUUUUGUCUCCAUGGUCACCUUCAAGACAAAGAUGAUUACUCGCCAUGUGUUAAGAGCAAUGGGGACACGAUUCUUCAUUCUACCAUCUCUAAUGAAUACUUUGGUAUGGCACUUCAAAUAAUCCGCUUGUACCCAAAUCUUGCGGACUCUGUCAAUAAGGAUGGCUUAUCACCUCUUCAUAUUCUUGCAAUGAAGCCUAAUUGUUUUAAAAGCAGCACGCGGAUGGAGUUUUUGGAUCGUAUGAUCUAUAAUUGUUUGCUUGUUGAUGAGCUGAAGGAAGAAACAGAGAACAUAAAUAGUAAUAAAGGAGAUGCACAAAUUUUUAACUAUCCAAUGAACUACGGAACAUGCCACAGCUUCUUAUAUUUGUUGAAGAAUGCAGUUAAAGUUAUAACAAUAGGCACAAAGAAUAGUAAAGCUGGAACUGAUGAUGAAGAGAAUCUCCCACAGUCAUCUCCUAUAUUUUUUUACACAAUGCAAGACCGAACAAGGAAAGAAAAGAAGCUCAUACGGUUCCCUCCAAAUUGGGAAGUGUUCAUCCGAUUUCUAAUCUUAAUGAUGAAGGCCUUGCUGAUACUUUUUGGUGUGGGAGCGUCUUGGAUAGACAAAAUCCAACGAAGGAAGGAGAAACACAUGUGGGCUAAGCAAGUGAUGGAUGAAUUGAUGGAGCGAGCUUCUUUGUACAAGUAUGAUUAUACUGGAAACAAUUCCUUUGCUCUUCAGCUUGGCAAUGGUAUGGAAAACAUAGACAGUCACAACAUGAACAAGGGAGAAAUAGAGAAAAAGAGAAGGAUGUCAGUGUCACCAAUUUUAAUUGCAGCAAAGAUGGGAGUGAAUGAAAUGGUGGAGAAGAUCCUUGACACCUUCCCAGUGGCCAUCCAUGAUGUGGACUCUGCCAACAAGAAUGUUGUUCUUUUGGCAAUAGAGAACAGGCAGCCUCGUGUCUACAAGAUGCUCACAAAGAGGAAAUUAGUAAAGGAAACUGCAUUUCGUCACAUAGACAAUCAAGGUAACAGUGCAUUGCACCUUGCUGCCAUGUAUAGGGAACAUAGGCCUUGGCGUGUCCCUGGUGCUGCCAUGCAAAUGCAGUGGGAAUAUAAGUGGUAUAAGCUUGUUAAGAAUUCCAUGCCACCAAAUUUCUAUGCACGUUACAAUAACAAGGGACAAACAGCUAAACAGGUUUUCAUCAACAGUCAUGGACAUCUUGUGAAAGAGGGGAGGAAAUGGCUGUCCACAACCUCUGAAUCAUGCUCACUGGUUGCAGCACUUGUUGCAACAGUUGCAUUCACAACCUCAACAGCAAUACCAGGUGGUGCCAAUGACGUAACUGGUGCACCAGUGUUGAGUGGACAACCUGCUUUCAAAGUGUUCGCAGUAGCAUCACUUGUGGCACUGUGCUCAUCGGUGACAGCACUCGUGUUGUUUCUUUCAAUACUGACAUCUCGGUACCAAGAAAAGGAUUUUGCUAUGGACUUGCCAAGGAAGCUUCUGCUUGGAAUGACUUCACUCUGGACAUCUAUAGCAUCAAUAUUGGUAUCGUUUUGUGCAGGACAUUACUUUGUCCUUGAAGAUGGAGUGAAAUCUUCUGUUUAUCUGAUAUAUGGUGUGACUUGUUUGCCAGUGUCGUUUUUUGUGUUGGUUCAACUCCCUCUCUACUUGGAUCUCAUGUUGGCCAUAUUUCGGAAGGUUCCUCAACGCGUUUAUAAGGUCUUCUCUCAUUAGUUUCUUUGCUAACUUUGUUAAUUCGAGUUCUUUUUUGUUUAAAACUUGCUUCGUUAAGUCGUUGUUAUAAAUAAAAAUAGUUAGCUAAAAAGGGGGCAUUCCGAGAAUCGAACU